AAACAAAAUAUUAUCAAUAAAAUAUGCAUUAUUUAAACAUACUAGCUAGAGUAGUAUAUAAAACCGUUUCAUAAACCUUGAAAAAUCCAAACCAAUAUCCAAAUCUCAAGAAUCUAAAAGCAUGGCACAAAAUGAAAAUGAUGAUAGGGUAAUUGACCAUGGUUUUGAAUUUGAACAACAUCAUGAACAAAAUUCCGAACAACAACGACAUCAAAAGCGUACAAGGUCGUUGAAAGAAGAAGCUUCAGUUGAGAAAGUGUUCAAGCACUUAUUGGUUCCAUCAUGGCAGAAUCAAUUAACUGUAAGAGCUUUUGUGGUUAGCUUUUUUCUGAGCAUACUAUUUAGUUUCAUUGUGAUGAAGCUUAAUCUCACAACUGGGAUUAUACCAUCCCUGAAUGUGUCUGCUGGUCUCUUGGGAUUCUUCUUUGUGAAAACAUGGACAAAGUUUUUAGAAAAAUCUAAUAUGUUGAAACAACCUUUUACAAGACAAGAGAAUACUGUUAUUCAAACAUGUGUUGUUGCUUCCUCUGGAAUUGCUUUUAGUGGUGGAUUUGGGAGUUACCUAUUUGGAAUGAGUGAACAUGUGGCUAAACAAUCCCUAGACACAAGUGAUUUUAAAAAUCCAAAAUUAGGAUGGAUAAUUGCUUUUCUCUUUGUUGUUAGCUUUUUGGGACUCUUUUCAGUUGUUCCUCUUAGAAAGAUUAUGGUUAUUGAUUUCAAAUUGACAUAUCCAAGUGGUACUGCAACUGCUCAUCUCAUCAAUAGCUUCCACACUCCUCAAGGAGCCAAACAAGCAAAGAAGCAAGUGAAAUUGUUGGGAAGAUUCUUCAGUUUGAGUUUCUUAUGGGGUUUCUUUCAAUGGUUCUAUACAGCUUCUGAUAGCUGUGGAUUUCAAGCCUUCCCUUCAUUAGGCCUCAAAGCAUUUGAUAACAAGUUUUAUUUUGAUUUUUCUGCACUUUAUAUUGGUGUGGGAAUGAUUUGUCCAUAUAUCAUAAAUAUAUCAGUGCUCCUUGGAGGAAUUCUUUCUUGGGGAGUAAUGUGGCCUCUCAUAAAAACCAAAGAGGGUCAUUGGUACAAAGUUAACCUUGGCAACAACAACCUUCAAGGAAUCCAAGGCUAUAGGGUAUUUAUAGCCAUAGCCUUGAUCCUUGGAGAUGGUUUAUACAACUUUGUUAAGGUUCUAAGUUACACCUUAUUGGGUUUGUUUAAUCAAAUUCGGAACAAACAAAGGGAAAACGCUCUACCUGUUGCAGAUCAAGACUCUUCUUCUAGUCCUGAGCUAUCUUACGAUGAUCAGCGUCGGAAGCAACUCUUCCUUAAAGAUCAGAUUCCUAUAUGGUUUGCAGUUGGAGGAUAUGUUGCUAUUGCAUCAAUCUCAACAGCCACAUUGCCACACAUCUUCCCUCAACUAAAAUGGUAUUACAUACUUGUUAUAUACCUAAUUGCUCCAACCUUAGCAUUUUGCAAUGCUUAUGGUAAUGGACUAACAGAUUGGUCCCUAGCAUCAACCUAUGGAAAGCUUGCAAUCUUCACAAUCGGUGCAUGGGCUGGUGCAUCACAUGAUGGAGUUCUAGCCAGUCUAGCAGCCUGUGGAGUUAUGAUGAACAUAGUUUCGACUGCUUCUGACCUAAUGCAGGAUUUCAAAACAGGCUAUCUUACUUUAGCAUCGCCGCGAUCCAUGUUUGUGAGCCAAAUAAUCGGCACAGCAAUGGGAUGUGUGAUCUCUCCUUGUGUGUUUUGGGUUUUCUACAAAGCAUUUCCUGAUCUAGGAACAACUGGAAGUCAAUACCCCGCGCCGAACGCAAUUGUGUUCCGCAACAUGGCAAUACUUGGAGUCCAAGGAUUCAGUUCUUUACCGGCUAAUUGUCUAUUGCUUUGUUAUAUAUUCUUUGGCGCGGUGUCAUACCCCAAAAUUUGCCCAUGCUAUUCAAAAACACAAAGCUCCAAAACACAGUCUCCUACACAGAAACUCUAAACUAGGGUUUGAUUAAUUCGACAGAAAAUCAUUGAAUCAAUGGCUCAAGGUGGUUCCAUAAGGUCACUAACAUCCCAAAGUAUCUCCAUAUAAAGUUUCAAGACAAACAGAGAAAACUUAGUCCCUCAAAUCAUGAUUAGGUCAACAGUCGACUCUCAAGGGCAAAACAGUCAUUUCAAGCCAAAAUACAGUCAAAGUUCAAGAUAUUUGGUCAACAACAUCCUCAUACCCCUAAAAUCAUCAUUUGAUCAAGGGUUGAUCAUGAUGAUGCAAGAAAAGAUCAGAGAAGUCAAAAGUCAAGAGUUACUAUUUUGGGCAUGAACUGAAUAAGUCAACCAAACUUUGAAAAUUCACCAAAUAUUCAUACUUCAUCAGAAAAAUUCCUACCAAAGCUCAUUUUGAAGGGAAUUCAUUCCUCUAUCCAAUGGUCCAAGAAUCAAAGCUCAUAGGUCAAUAAUCUAAGAGAUAUGGCUUCAUACAUUAUAGGUCCUUCUCAAAAGUCAACAAAAAGACACUUUUUUUCAAAAGGGCAUAAAAUGAGCAUGGAAAAUAAUUUUGAUAUGAGACCAAAGACAAUGGUUAGAGGACUCUUUGAGGUUUCUAAAAAGUACUAGAACACUUCCAUACCUCAAAAAUUGAGAGAGAUAGGCCUUGUCAAAGUUGGGUUAUUUUGGAGGGGGAAAUGUGAAAGAAUUUGGUUUUUUUUACAAAUGAGCCCAAGUUAUUUUGAUUCAAGCUUGACCCACAAGUCAUCUAAAGCCCAAGGAUCAAUUCCCACGAAUUUAUGAGAUUUAUUUAGUUUAUUAUGAUUUUUUAUUCAAUUAAAAAAGGGAUUAAAAUCAAAUAAAUUAAGAAAAAUCAAAUAUUUGAUUCAAGUGUUUACAAGGAUCAAAUUUAAUUUCCAAUUAUGUCUCAUAAACAUCACAAUUUCGUGCAAAUUUGAUUGAAAAAAUAUUGGAUCAAUAUUGGCUCAAAUUAGAAACAAUUCCAAAUCAAAUUUUGCCAAAUUUCCAAUCAAAGAUUCAAGAAGAUUCUUUCUAGUUUUAUUAACCCUAAUCACUCUCCUAUAAGUAGAUAACAAGUCAAAGGUACAAGGGUUCGAUUUUUCUGCAACAGAGAGCCAUAAACCCGAGCUCUAAAAAUCAAGAAAAACUCAAAGAUCGUUUUUGGAGUUUGAAGAAGAUUCGAAGCCUCCUAAGCGUUGCAACACGUUAUUUGAAGGUUCCUGAAGUCGUUCCAGUCAUCCUCAUCAAUCCAGGCCACUCAGAAACGUAAUCAUACGUCCAUGAAUGAGCAAUUUUUUUCUCAACUUCGAUUUCAUACACUUACUCAUGCUGCAUAUGAAUUGAUAAUAUAUUUGUGUUUGUAUUGAUGUCACGAUGCUAUCUGGAUGUUUUGAUUUAAGUUUCUGUGCAGAUUAAGCCUUCCACCAUGUUUAGGGUUUAUGGCCUUCAAAUUAGGGAUCCGUAGAAAGGGUCGAUUUCAGGUUGAAUUAAGGCCCCCAUUAGGUUCGCAAGGCUGCACACUAUCGAUCUGGAUUAUUGUAUUUUGUUUUUGGAACGUUUUCAUGCAGGUUCAAGGAUCAUGGAGUUUGCUACAGAAUUUUGGUCACAAAAUCGUAGCUAAACCGCCGCUGUAGGUUCGUAGCAGAAAGUUGCAGGGAUGGGCGAAGAAGACGAGAGGUGUCAACGCCUCAUUAGUCUAAUUCAAACAAAAAGGGCGCGCUGGACUUUCUUGAUGCAGAAUGAUCCGAUACUCCAGCAGCCCACGCAAGUACCAUGCGUCCACGUUCUCUGGCCAUCCGAUCACGCUUAUCUCUGAUCCAACGUCCUUCAAGCCGCAUGUGCAUCGUACACCUCCAGAGAUGCGUCACACCGAAUCAAACGCUAAGUCCCUCAAAUUUUUUUUAUAUUUAAUUAUACAAAUUUUCUUUUUAAUUAUUUAUUUAUAUAUUUUUUUUGCCAAUCAAAUUUUGUUUUAUAUAUAAGUUAUAUGUUCUUUUUUUAUAAAAAAUAUAAUAUUUAUUAUUUCAUAAAGCAUUUAUUGUAUAUUUUAAAUAAAUAGUAAAAUUGAUUUAAUUAUUUAAAAAGCCUUUCAAAAUUCAUAUUAAUUCAUUAAAACUCCCAAAAAAAUUUCCAAAAAAAUAUAUUUCGUAUCCGAUUUUAUUUUUCAAUUCGAUUUAAUUAAUUAGGUCAUUAGACCAAUAAUUAAUUAAAUUAUUCCUCUUAAUUGGCACCCUAAUCAGGGUUCACGAUGACCAUUCCCUACACUGAUUUUAUUUUCUUUUCUAUGCAUCAUCAGGGUUAGCAACAUGAUUCUCCCGAAGGCGCGCCUUCAACAAACCUCAAAGAUAAGUGUUCUAUUCUGUUUAAUUUUAAUUAUACUUAAAUUAAUUUACUUUUAGGGUUUGCUUUGCCUUCACCUAUUUUCUGCCUUGUUUCAGGGUCAAUCCUAAAGGCGCCUAACAACCAUAUCAGAUCAAAUUCGAAUCAAAGCUAAGUAUUCCCUAUUUAUUCAUUAUUAGUUUAUUUCUCUUUCAUUUUAUUUACGUUAACCCUGAUUAUCUUCGAAUUAAUAAUACACUUACGCCUUGUCCGUUUCCUUGUCUGUUCUAAUGAUCAGAGUCAAUGUUUCUGAUAAACCCUUGCCCUCAACCCUGUCAGGCAAACACCAAAGCUAAGUACACUCUCUCUGUUUUACCUUUAUUUCAUUAUUUUAUUUUUCUUAAUUAAUGAAGUCUGCCCUCGAACCGAUUAUGCACUCACCUUCAAUUUUCUGUUUCUUCUUUUUUGUCAGGUUUAUCAAUUGUCAAAGCUACGUUACUGGUAACCCUGUCUUAAUAUUUUCUCUGUUUUAUUAUUACUUGUGUCAACCCCGAUAAGGGAUCCGCUGGUUACAAUUUCCCGCCCCUUUAUUGCUUUAUGUUAUUAUAUACUGCGUGGUUAGUAAUUUAGGGAGUGCAACUCUGAAUCAAUUAGAAUAACUAAACACAAGAUAAUAUAAUCUGAAUUGAAUCACAUGAUUGGUGCACACACGCACGCUUUUUGGGUAACCCUCUCUGUUGCCUGUUGCCUGUUGCCUGUUGCCCUUGUGUUUUUGCAGAAUAAGCCUCGUCCCUCGAAUUCGAGGAUACCUCAGCCGUGUUGCCUCGAUAAAAAGGUCACGACCCUAAUGAUGCUGCCUUCGAUACACAAUAUGACCUCGACCCUCGGAUGUUGCCUACGGAAAAAGGCUGAGGUAUCCUCUGGUUGCCUACGAAAUGGCUUAUUCUGAUCCUUGCCUCAGACUACCUGCCCUUCUAUGGCAUGGGACAGUCUUAUGGCAAAGGAUGCUUCGACGACCCUUCAACCUCCAAACGAAAGGCUUCCUGCCCUCUUAUGGCAAGGAUAGACCCUUUCAUUCUGAAAGGCAAAAAGAGACCUAUCAUCUGAGUUUAAGGUAAUUGCCCCUAAUUGCCUUGCGAUGCUCAAACCUUUUUAUUAUAUUCUUUCUCAUAAUUUUUCAAAAGGGCAACGCUUAUUCACAAGCUAAAGUCCCUAUCUCUUUCAUCUACAUUUUCUAAACAAACGAGCAAGCAAAGCAAUUAAGAGCCCAUGGAAAACCAUGGAUGCAAAGGGUGCCUUACACCUUCCCUUUGCAUAAAUUACCCCCCGAACUUAGAAUUCUUUUAAAAGGUUUUUUUUCUGUUUCUUUUUGCCUUUCCGAAUAUUGUUUGGAUAAAAUAAAAGUCGGUGGCGACUCUUGCUUACCGCGACAUUUC